GCUCCGAGCGCUGCGGGCGCUCCCGCCGGCCAUGACCGGCGAGAAGCUCCGCUCGCUGCGCAGGGACCACAAGCCCAGCAAGGAGGACGGGGACCUGCUGGCGGCCGGCGAGGACGAGGCGGCCGCGGCGCCCGGGGGCGCCUUCACGGGCGGGAAGGGCGGGCGCGCCGGGGGGCACCGCGGGCCCGGCGCUCACCGGCACCGCCCGCCGGCCCGGGCCGCCCCCGCCGGGCCCGAGCGCGGCCCCUUCCCCGUGCACGAGUGCGUGUUCAAGGGGGACGUGCGGCGGCUCUCGGCGCUCAUCCGCACGCAGGGCAUCGCCCAGAAGGACAGUCACGGAAACACUCCUUUACAUCUUGCUGUGAUGUUGGGACAUAAAGAAUGUGCCCACCUGCUUUUAGCCCAUAAUGCUCCAGUAAAGGUGAAAAACGCUCAGGGAUGGAGCCCUCUGGCCGAAGCCAUCAGCUAUGGAGACAGACAGAUGAUUUCAGCACUCCUGAGGAAGCUCAAGCAGCAGUCCAGGGAAAGUGUUGAAGAGAAGCGACCUCGGUUAUUAAAAGCCCUGAAAGAGCUAGGUGACUUCUAUCUAGAGCUUCACUGGGAUUUUCAAAGUUGGGUGCCUUUACUUUCCCGAAUUCUGCCUUCUGAUGCAUGUAAAAUACACAAACAAGGUAUAAAUAUCAGGCUGGACACAACUCUGAUAGACUUUACUGACAUGAAGUGCCAACGAGGGGAUUUAAGCUUCAUUUUUAACGGUGACGCCGCACCCUCCGAAUCUUUUGUAGUUUUAGACAAUGAGCAAAAAGUUUACCAGCGAAUACACCACGAGGAAUCUGAGAUGGAGACAGAAGAGGAGGUUGACAUUUUGAUGAGCAGUGAUAUUUACUCUGCCACCUUAUCCACCAAAUCCAUCACGUUCACGCGGGCCCAGACUGGGUGGCUCUUCAGGGAGGACAAAACUGAAAGAGUAGGAAACUUCCUGGCAGAUUUCUACUUGGUGAAUGGACUGGUGUUGGAAUCCAGGAAAAGAAGGGAACAUCUCAGUGAGGAGGACAUCCUUCGGAAUAAAGCGAUCAUGGAGAGCCUGAGCAAAGGGGGAAACCUCAUGGAGCAGAAUUUUGAGCCCGUGCGCCGGCAGUCGCUGACGCCGCCGUCCCCCAACACCAUCUCCUGGGAGGAGUACAUCUCUGCAGAGAGUGGCAAAGCUCCUCACCUGGGCAGGGAGCUGGUCUGCAAGGAGAGCAAGAAAACCUUCAAAGCCACGAUAGCAAUGAGCCAGGAAUUCCCCUUAGGAAUCGAAUCGUUGUUGAAUGUCUUAGAAGUCAUUGCACCCUUCAAGCACUUUAACAAACUUAGAGAAUUUGUUCAAAUGAAGCUUCCACCAGGCUUUCCUGUCAAAUUAGACAUCCCGGUGUUCCCCACCAUCACGGCCACUGUGACGUUCCAGGAGUUCCGCUACGACGAGUUCGAUGACUCCAUCUUCACCAUUCCCGACGACUACAAGGAGGAUCCCAGCCGCUUCCCGGACCUCUAGGGGGGGCUGGCAGCUCCUGGGAGCACCAGCCCGGCGUCCCAGGGCCAGGGCAGGGCCGUGGGGCACAGCAAGGGACGAGCUCGUGAGCCCGCAGCCGAGGGACGGAGCUGGCGCUGCACUGGGCACCCAGCCCCUCCAGCUCCCGCCUCCCAGAGCCUCCCGCUGCCACCCCCUCUGGCACAGCCGCUCCCGGCUCGGAGCUGCCGCCCCAGCUGGGAGGAGCUGCUGCUUUUUAAAUUUUUUACACUUGUGGUGAUCCGCGAGGCACUGCUGGACCUUGGCACCGAGCUGGGGCUGGGGUGAGGUGAGCCCCCUGUCCCUCCCCUGCUCCCCGAGCUCCCAGCUCAGGCACGGAAUGUUGGAAUGUCGGAAGGUAUCCUGGAGGAACGCCUUGGCUGUAGAUGAAUGCACCAAAUGGGCACCACUGACACUUGGAUCUCCUGCUGCACCCAGGCAGAGCCAGCUGUGCUCUGCAGGGAGCGAGGCACCUCGGCAGCGCCGGCCCAGCCUGCUGCUGGCCCUGCCCGAUCCCUCCCUUCCCCUUCCCUCCCUGCUCCCUGCUCCUGCCUGGCUCCCGGGGCUGCCUGGCCAGGAAUGUCACUCGUUGUUUAUCCUUUAUUUGAGAGAGGCCGAGCACCGCCAGGUCAGUGUGUGGGCGCUGGGAGGGGCUCAGGCAUUGCCCCUCACGGCAGGAGCAGCUCUCCCUGCACUCGGGGCCACCCUGGUGCUCACGGGCAGCUUGGGCUGCUCCCACAUUCAUUCCCUGCCUCUUGGUGUUUAAAUCACAGAGAAUCCCAGGCUGGUGUGGGGUGGGGGGACCUUGAAGCUCAUCUUGUGCAGCCCCCCUUCACGGAUGGUUCAGUACUCCAGCUCCUCGAGCUUAUUCCCAUUCCCAGUUGUUCCAGUCUCCUCAUCUAACAAUAAUCCACCUUUUUGGGGUUUGUUAGGCAAGACUUGUGCAGAAGGCUGAUGGUGCUAUUUGUUUGUAUGAAGAAAUUUAGAUUCAAGUGCUGUGGUGUCAUUGUACAAAAAUGUAAAUAUUUUCCAAAUUAUAUUCUUUGUGCACUGUAGGUAAAACUUUUUCUGGAAUUCCAUAGAGUUAAGGAUCAAAGUUUAUAAUGAAGAGGAUCAUUGAUGCUCAGUGGAGGGAACAGCUGUGCUGAGCACAAGGGACAAGGAAGGGGCUCAGCACAGGGCAAGGUGUCAGGCACACCUGAGAGCAGGGAAUUCCAAACUGCUGGAAUCUCUGAUCCAUCCCAAAGAGGCUGCUCUGGGGAGGGACAGAGAGGAGGCCCAGGGAAGCAUUGUCAGCAAAGUCCAGGAGCACUGCAGUGGGAGGGUGGGGUUGGUCCUUUCCCAGCUCCCCUGUGGACCUGGGGAACAGGGGAGCACUGGGACAGGGGA